CUCUGGUCAUCUCCUGUACUGUGUCCGCAGUCUCUGGUCAUCUCCUGUACUGUGUCCGCAGUCUCUGGUCAUCUCCUGUACUGUGUCCGCAGUCUCUGGUCAUCUCCUGUACUAUGUCCGCAGUCUCUGGUCAUCUCUUGUACUAUGUCCGCAGUCUCUGGUCAUCCCCUGUACUGUGUCCGCAGUCUCUGGUCAUCUCCUGUACUGUCCGCAGUCUCUGGUCAUCUCCUGUACUAUGUCCGCAGUCUCCGGUCAUCUCCUGUACUGUGUCCGCAGUCUCUGGUCAUCUCCUGUACUGUGUCCGCAGUCUCUGGUCAUCCCCUGUACUGUGUCUGCAGUCUCUGGUCAUCCCCUGUACUGUGUCUGCAGUCUCUGGUCAUCCCCUGUACUGUGUCUGCAGUCUCUGGUCAU